UACCGUAGCACGUUUAUAUUACGAAUUUACGCGGAAGUCCCGCCCCUUUUCCCCCCUCGCUCGCAGGACGUGGUUGAGUCGCGCCUGAAACAAAAUGCCACGCAAAAUUGAAGAAAUCAAAGAUUUCCUGCUUACAGCAAGGAGGAAGGAUGCCAAGUCUGUCAAGAUCAAGAAGAACAAAGACAAUGUGAAGUUCAAGGUCCGCUGCAGCAGAUACCUGUACACAUUGGUCAUCACAGACAAAGAGAAGGCUGAGAAGCUCAAGCAGUCCCUGCCACCAGGUCUGGCUGUAAAGGAGCUGAAGUAGAUGUCUCUCUUGUACAAAAUGUUGGAAUAAAAGUGGAAAAAAUUAA